GUCAGAAUGAAAAUUUAUAAGCUCUCGCAAGUCUUAUCAAGUCUUCGGUAUGACUGCAUUGAAACAGUUCAGACUUGCAUUUGCCAUAGUGACUUGGUUUUACCUGUGGGCUCAGUUUGAAGCUGCUCCAGAUUUCUCAGGCUACCUUCUGAAGAUUCUGCAAAACCACACAGUUCAUUCUUGUGAUGGGGAUCGAUUCUCAAUAAGCUGUCCACCUCAGACAUCCAUCAGCAUUCUGUCUGCCUUCUAUGGUCGCCGUGUUCCCAGUGAACAUCUCUGCUCCAGCACAGGAAAUACGUCAGCUGAAAGCACCAACUGUGCUGCCCUCACAGCAAUACCGAAAGUGUAUGAUGAGUGUCAAGAACAGCACUCCUGCCAGUUUUCAGUCAACAGCCGUGUUUUUGGCCCUGAUCCUUGUCCUGGGACCAGUAAAUAUCUAAUUGUUUCAUUCAAGUGCAAACCUGAUGGACACCAAAGCAAACUAGUAUGUGAGAAUGAGAAAUUACAUCUCCAGUGUAAGAAGCAAACCAUCCUUGUCAUUUACGCUGCAAGCUUUGGACGAGCCCUUCAUGGGAAUAUGGAAUGCCCCUCAGUGAACAGCACAAUGCCAGAUAUUGAAUGCUUAUCACCCACAACUCUAAGGGAAGUAUCCUCAAGGUGCCAUGGCAAACAAAACUGUUCGAUCACUGCCAAUGUUCUGAGUUUUGGUGAUCCCUGCAUCCCUGGAAUCCGUAAACAACUCAAUGUUUCAUACACAUGUGUUCCAACAAAACUCUUUGAGGAGGCUGGUCAAGGUCCAGUAAAGCCCUUCUUAAUAUCAGAUUAUACUCACGGUGGCUGGUAUAAUGGCCCAAGAAUGUCCAUGCUUUACGCCAAAGAUGUCGCAAUUAUUAGCAGUUCCCUGGCCACUCUUGCCCACAUUAGGGGACUCCCGGAGAAAGUAGCCCUGUUCUUCAUGUCUGGUGUAUGUUCUGGCUUAGUGUUUAUCCUCUGUACUUUUGGAUUUCAUUUGCUACUGAAACAAGACAUCAGAAAGCUCCAAAGUGAGGCAGAAGACACCCAAGAAAGUGAAAAUGGGCACACCAAGAUUUCAGAUGAUGAAGAUGAUGCCUCCUCUGAUACCUCAUUUCGACAGUUGACCAGACAGUACAGGACAUCAGAUAAUAUCUUCAGCCCAGAGGUGGCAGCUGUGAUGGUAGACAGAGGGGAACAGAAUGAAGAAAGAGACAAGGAAAUGUGGCUGAACAAGGAGCCUAGCCCCUAUGCAAUCCAGAACCUAAAUCAGCAUCAGUAACAAACAUUAACAGAGCAUGGUGAGAUGCAGAGGGAUAAGGAUGGAGUCAAUUGGAUAAGUAAAGCUCAAGUGCAGAAUGCAAAGGGAAUGGAUUAAACGAUGAUGGUACAUGGAAUAUAGAACAUAAAUCAAGCCCAAGCAAAAUUCCUGUUGCCUGUAGAUUUGCAGUGAAUGUACUGGAAAAAGAAGCAAAGGAACCACACUAGGACUUCUGUAACAGGGGCAGUGGCCCGCCAGUGGCAGUGGCCCUUUAUUGCCACAUCAUUCCUGCAUCUCCUUCACUAAUUCCCAACCCUUCACGACUGCACCAGAAUUGCCAACUGAGGUUGAAGAUAUUCUUGGAGUUUCAUCAUAUGACCAAGUCUGACCGGCAUACCAGUUUUAUGAUUAAUAAACCAAAGUGUACAAGGAAAAUAGAAAAAGAACCCUGCUUUAUAACUAUAUUUUUACUGAGUUGCUUACAGUGGUUUUCUGCUGGUCAAUCUUUAAUUUUUGGUCACAGAAGAACAACCCUGAAGGGUAGGAAACCACAGUUACGGAGUGGCCGUAUUUGUUGUAAUUAGACUUUGCAAUAACUUAUCCCAAAUUCACCCAUUACUCUCCCACUAGAGAAUUAAAAAAGAACUACAGGUCUUGCAAUGAUUCAAUGCAGCUUUAAUACCAUUUGCAUCAGAUUCAAACAUUAAACUCCAACUCUUGGAACAUCUAGAAUGUAGAAAUGUUAGGAGUCAUUAGUAUGGGAGAUCAUACUUGGCUGAAGUCACUUUCACCAAUACAAAUUGUGGAGUGUAACAUGGGAAUAAAGCAGAAUGAGGUGCUUUUGAUGUUACAAGAACAAAGUUAGUGGCAUCAUUGUGUUAGUGGGAAAUAUCUGAGUGAAUGGCAUUGGAUAUUAACCCAUAAAUGGUGAUUAUAUCCUUUUGAAAAACUUCUCCCAUUUUACUUGGAAUGUAAACCUAGUGAAGACAAACAAAUUACUGAUGUAAUUAAAUAUGCCAAUUGCCUUUCAUUAAUAGGAUGUAGAUAAGUAAAAAAGUGAUUAUACUUUCCCCACCUCAUGACUAUUGUGAAAGCAGCAUUUUGAUGAUUUUGUUUAUGAUGCAUUUGACUUUUAAAAUCAGGCUCUGUUUAAAGAGAUACAUGACUAAAUCUGGUGCAAAAAGACAUCUGGAUCUGAAGAUCUCCGUGUCUAAUGAAUCUGCUUGAAUGCAUGUCAUCUGCAUUACACAUUUACCACUUAAAAUGCUCAUAUUUGCUUCUUCAUUCUGGCAUUCUGUCACACAAACAGGUAUUUGUUACCUGCUUUGAGAGUCGUGACAUACAGACAUUAAUGACGUGAAUAACCCAAAGUGCAUAAGAAUUCAAGCCGAAGAUUUGAAAUUUAUAUCACACCCUGUUAUUUAUGCCAAUGCACUCUGAAAACUCAUGAAGGAAAGACUUUCAAUAUACCUUAACCUUGACCUUCUGAACAACUCAAUACGUAGCUUUUCACUCAUGAGUUUGAAAUAAGUCACAGCUUCUUGGAUUAAAUAAGUCACUAAAUCAAUAUUAGAUAAGGCUUUGCUCUUUCUAUUCUUGAUACACAAGCUAAGUCUUCAUUCUCAAUGAGUUCUUCAAAUGUGAAAGGCUAGCUACAUUUCUCGUUGUGUAUCAUGUAGGUAUCCACUGCUGUGCUGCCUUUAUAUUGGGCUCAGUGAGUACCCAGCUUCAUUUGGAAUCAAAAUUUAUAAACUGGCCUCUUCUUCCUUUAAAAAAAUGAAUGUUUUAUUAAAUUUUUAAUAUAUGGCUUGAAAUAAUUCAGAGUAUUAUAGUUUCUAAACCACUGGUAUUUUGGAAGACUUUUCCCCAGCAAAAUCUUUGACUAGGAGUGUCAAGAAGUAUCACAACGUUUGAAAAUACAACUUCAGUUUUAUGCAUUCUUUUUAUUGUUAUUUCUAGCACUUUAGCCUUAUCAUGAUGACCAAGUUUGUCAAGACUGCAAAGCUAGGUGCUUCUCAAGUAGGUAGUCAAUGAUAUACACAAGGGUGACUGAAGCAGAACUAAUUGUAGUCUGUACAUUACAAUAUAAAACCAUAUUUUACCCUAAACAAUAACUUUGUGUCAACUUGGUUCAAUUUAUUACACUUAUUUUGGAGCCAAAAUGUGUGGUUCUAAUCCCACCUCCAAAAUGCAUUUAUAAAAACUAAGACAAUACUUCAGAACAGUAACUAAAAUGAGCUACAUUAGGAUGAAAUGAUCAAAUGAAAAUUCCACCUAGCUAUUCUGGGGGACAUCACAGUGCACUCCAAUAUUCACCUCAGUCAAAAUAAAUUAACUGUUAAUUCACCAUACUGUUGUUUGCGGAAGCUUGUGGGAACAUUAGUCUGUGUUUUUUUUCCUAAAACAACAACUAUAAUUUGUGUUGUGCUUAGAUAUAUAUUUUUCUGAAAUAUUGCUUUGAUGCUUACUCUUUUUCAAAUAAUAAAGCAUUCUAUCAGUUAUUGUUUUGCCAAUGAACAACCAAGUUCUAAUUUAUCUAAACUAGAUGCAAGUUUACACCCGACAAUUUGAGUUGUAAUAGCUUGUGAUUGUAAUGGCUCAGUUUAACAAGAGAAAAAGAUUAAUAUGUUUGCUUGACUGACCCUUUCAAAAUGAAUAUGAGUAGGCUGGUUAUUUCUAUCAACUAUUGCAUUAAUCAUUGAGCAAAUGCUGCUGUGUGAAGGACCAUCCUGUUUACACAG